AAAUAAUAUUAAUAACUGUCUGAGUCUCAAUUUCAAAAGAUGAAAAAACAGGCGAAAUUAUUUCGAAUUUUAGAAACGCAUAGUAUAUAAAUAAAAUGACAGGAAACAUAAUUAGAAAAGACAACAAUGAAUAUUCUGUGAUUUUCAAAGAAAACUUCAAAACCGGCUGAUAAUGCUGUUAAUUAUUAUUAUUACUAUUAUUAUCAUUAUAUUAUGAUUUUCAAAAUAUUAUAAACUCGGAUAAAAUGAUAAUAUAAAUUUGAAUUAAUUAAAAAUGAUUUCUGUUUUUUAAUAAUAAUAAUAAUUUUUAUUAUAAAUUUGAAAAACAACAUGCGUUGUAGAUGUAUUUGAGAAAAAAAAAAUUUUACUGCUUUGACGGGAAAAAAUCUGCAUGAAAUUAUAUUUAUAGAGGAAAAGAUUGGACAAAUAUUUCAUUAUUGAAAUUUACUUUUGAAUAUUUGUAUAAGUUGGUUUUUCUAGAUGAUAUUUUAGUUGUGACAAAUAUUUUUCUUCUUUGUUAUACAAUAUUUUUUUCUCUUUUUGAGCACUCUUAAAGGUUCCUUUCUUUUUCUUUUUAUGAAAUUUACUAUUUUUCUUGGAAGUAACAUUUUUUGUUAAUCUUCAGUUGUUUUCGAAGAUAUUACUUUAAAAUAAACGUAAUCGUUUUUAAAACGGUAGAGAUGUAAAUUUUUUGUAAAAAUACACGUAAACGACAAAAAAAAAAUGAAUAAAAUUGAGAUGAGCUUUACUAUUUAUUUUUUUAUGAUUUAUUUAGACUUAUUUAUUGUCAUUGAAAUUUUGCUUUAGGCAAAAAAGAAAAACAAUUUUUUUUUAGUAAAAUAUUAUGUUUCUAUUAUUAUAUAAUUUUUUUAUUAUUUAUUUCUUUUUAUUUGAUGAAACAAAAAUUUUAAUUUAAGUUACAAAAAAAAGUUUAAAUUUCAAAUUGGGAAGAAAUUCGUCGAAAUAAUGUGGAAAAUAUAAAUCUUCGUGUAAGAAAGAGAGAGAGAAGGAAAUUAAUUAAAGACAACAUUGGGUAAAGUGACUUUCUCUAAUUUGUUGGGAGGCUCUUAUGAACGACAAGACUCCACCUUCUGUUGGCUUUGAAGCCAAAAAGUCUUUUUCAACUUCUAAUGAACGAAUAUAUGACGCUAAAGAGACAAAAUUUUCUGUUUUCAAAAACAUAAAACAGAAAUCUUCACUCAACAGUCGCAAAAAAGGUCCAAUUAUAAUUUUCAAGAUGUGUCCGUGCUUCAAGACAAUAAUAAGUUAUUCUGUUAAUUAUUCCAAGAAAUAUCAGGUGCUGAAAAGAAGAUUUCAAACAUUAAACAUUAUUAUUCAACAAAAUUUAUAUCAGAUUCAGUGAAUUGAAUUUUUUUUGUCAAUUGCAGGAUACAAGAGAAACUGUUUCCUGGUACAAUGCACGAAUAAAUAAAAUAAAUUGACUCAAUUGGGAAAAUUUACACCACGAAUGGCUCCGCCUUUGAUGCCAGCCAAGAAAAGAGAUAUUUGCGUCCGAUUUUUGGUCCAUCCAGAAUCCAGAUUUGAGUGUGGGUGUCAAACUGUAGGAGGUUCUCACUGAAACUCCUCCUUCGCAUCUCCACUAUCUAAAUUCACCGCCACUGAUGAUGAGGAAGAAGAAGAAGAAGAACUCAUGUAAUCUCGACCGGCAAGAAGGAAAGAGGAAAGAAAUAAUUUUUUCCCCUCUCUCCAAAAAAAAGAGAAGAAUAAGGACAAAAUUAAAGUGUAAAGAGAAAGGGGAAGAUUUGAGGAAGAAUGGAGAAAAAGGAAGAAGAGACUAUUUAGUGAUGAAUGAGAAGGAGGACUUACAAGAGGGACAAAAAUGUUUUGAGGAAGAGAGAGAGAGAGAAUGAGAGAGAAUGAUGGACCGAUGAUAAGAUCUGGCAGUCUCUCGUGUGAAGCACGUCCGUUCUGUGCGCUUUCUUCUUUACCUUUUCGUUGGACUCCACUUCUCUUUACUCUCCGAUUAUACACUUCGAAACCCUGUCAGCAUCCCAACAUUGAGGUGAGGACGGCUCCUGUUAUCGAAUCACACGACCUCGACGAUGUCCAGAAUCAUCAGAUAUUCGGUCAAGAUCACAGGCUCCCUAAGUGGAUAUUAUCCUAAUUUCACCAUGUGACUUUAAAUUUUAGUCAAAAAUUUAUUAUUUUCUCUUUUUUCGCUGAGAAUGUAAAAUUUCAUUUUUCCAAAAAUUCUACAAUUUUUUUCCCAUUCAAUUCGAAUUUAAUAUUAAAGACCAAAAAUUUGCCAGUCGAAAUCGAAAAGAAGAAUAAUUUCACUAUUUUUGAUAUAAAAAUAUCUGAAAUUAAUUUUUGCAAAAAUCAAAAUUGGAUCAUUUUCGAAAAAAUCAAAUUCUUUGAUUUUGUGAAUGAGAAAUUAAAUAUUUUCUCCCAGAAAUCGUAAUUUGUGAUUUGGAAAAACUGAACUAAAAUUCGUUCCAGUUUCUACUGGAAUAAUAAAAUUGUCAAUUUGUGGUAAAAAUUUUUUAAUUGUAAAUGAAUCGAAUGAAACAAGUUUCAACGACAAUUGUGUGGAAGUAAAAAUGUUUAGUGCUUCUUUCUGAAAGGAAUAAUCAAAAUAUUUUUCGUCAUGUGGUAAUUAUUAAGUGUUGAGAACAACAAAGUGAUAUUGUUUUUGCGUAUUCAAUGAAUUUAUAGAAAAUUUCGAGUGACAAGAAGAAAAAAAAAUUUCUCAUGAUUCAUCAAAAGGCAGAUGGUACGACAUGUGCCAUUGACAAUCGAUUUUUUGUAAAUAAUCUUCAUUCUCGGGAAUUGACAAUUGACAGAAUGCAACAGCAAGAUCAACGAAAUGAGGUGACAGUCGAUUGCUGUUAUCAGCAAUGGAGCACACAUCAUCAUCAACACCACCAUCAUCAUCAUCAGCAGCUGCCGCCGCCGGUUCCUUCACCAAUGCAACAGAUGGAAGCUUGCCUUGAAACAGCAGGUCGCGUGAAACGCUCACGAAGUCCAAAUUUACUAACAAGUGCUUCACUUUCGCCUCAAGUGUCUUCGGCAAUAUCUUCAUCGCCCUCGGAAUCAUUGAAUGACAAUAAUAAUAAUCAUAAUGAAGACACGAGCCCUUCAUCUGCCGAAGGUAUUAAUUCAAAGAGGCCACUUCAUCCGGCUUUAAUUGGAGCUGGUGCUGUUUUAGAAGCGAGACCAUUGUGGGAAGAAUUUCAUCAGCUUGGAACUGAAAUGAUUGUGACGAAAGCUGGUAGAAGAAUGUUUCCCACUUUUCAGUGUCGUUUCUUUGGUUUGGAUCCGAAUGCAGAGUACUUAUUGGUGAUGGAUUUUGUGCCCUGUGACGAUAAAAGGUACAGGUACGCCUUUCACAGUAGUGCUUGGGUUGUGGCUGGUAGAGCGGAUCCAGUUUCGCCCCCGCGAAUUCACGUUCAUCCCGAUAGUCCAGCGAGUGGUGCUCAUUGGAUGAAGCAGCCAGUUUCAUUCGACAAACUCAAACUCACAAACAAUCAACUUGACGAUAAUGGCCACAUAAUUUUAAAUUCAAUGCAUCGUUAUCAGCCACGAUGUCACGUUGUUGUCGCACCAUCGCCACCUGGUUCGAGUCCCGAUCCAAGAACGGAAAAUUUCAAAACUUUCUCAUUUCUCGAGACAAGAUUCACUGCAGUCACAGCCUAUCAGAAUCAUCGAAUUACCCAAUUGAAAAUUGCGAGUAAUCCAUUUGCAAAAGGUUUUCGUGAUUGCGAACCAGAUGAAUGCGAUUCACCGACAUCGAGUACACCACAAAAUCCAGCAAAGAGACCGGCCACUGGCAAUAAUGGUGUAUUGGGAAGUACAUAUCCGGGAAGUGUACCUCUAAUGUCGACCAUGUCGAGUCAAGAACAACAUCAUCAAUUCUAUGGAACAACAGCGGGACACUGGACCUAUUCGAAUCAUCAUCAAGCAAAUCAUUCUGUCAAUCCAUCUCAUUAUUCCGUUCAUCCUCAUCAUCCCCAUUCGGCGCAUGCAUCAUCAUUGUACGGUCCAAGGUAGCCCUGAAAAAAAUUUAAUUUUUAUGAAUGAUGAAACGAAAAUCAAAUUCAAAAUAUUCUAAUUCUAAAAUUCGAUUUACAAGUAAUUAUUAAUUAAAAAAUUUCUACGAAAAAAUAAUGGGAAAUUUGCAAAUGAUUCUAUUUGGUUAUGAUAAAAAUUUUAAUUGACAUAAAUUUCUAUAAGGUUUUUCUUUAAAUUGUAAAUAUUUAUUUUAACGAAAUUCCCAUCUUACUAAAAAUUUAUUUUCAGCAGAAUUUCCAUUUAGCCAAAUUGCCUUGUAUUUUAAUUUAUAUUCAAUCUAAAUUCAGCAGAAUUUUCAUUUAGUCAAAAUGGCUUGUAUUUUAAUUUUUAU